AUGGACUCACUCGGCGGCCCAAGUCGAGCUCGAACGUCUCAAGCCCCCGACACCGGCUUCAACGCCCUUGGCGGUCCAAGCUCUAGUGGUCCGAGCACGGGCGGCACCUCCUCGUCAUCUCGCGGGCCGCACUUCGGCCAUUACUCAACCGCUUCGAGUUCUUCCUACGCUCCCGUCCUCAUCAAGCGGUCUCCCGACAAAGACCUCCAUCUCCCUUCUCUGCCCAAUGGCGGGGAGGGUAUACCGGCGGGACUGGCCCUGAGGUAUCCAUACCCUUUACCUAUCGCCUCGUUACUCGAUUUGGCGUAUACCAUCCAUCAUCACUAUGUCCUCUCGUCUCUCUCUGCUCUGUCUCCUGGACAUACGCUUGGAGUAGCGGCGGGGACGGCGGAAUCCGCGACAUCAACAGGUGCCGGCUUGCUCCUCACCGCAGCUGGCUGCAGGGCGGUCGUUCUCGUCCUGGUCGUCGGAUGCAGUAGACGCUGGAGGGCGAGAGGCGGAUGGGUGGCGGCUGUGUGUGGUAUCAGCGUUGGAGCGGGGAUAUGGGAGGACUGUGCGGAGCGGCUGGGCGCGCGAGGGGGCCACGGCGGGAGGGUAGGGCAUGAACGUGGGCCAGCUGGGCAUGCGAAAGGGGGAGGAGGUGGACAGUCUUGGUUUCUUUACAUGAUCCUCUAUCUCCUCCUUCUCCGCCUCUCGCCCCCCUCACACAGGUCCCACCCCUUCUCCCUCCGCCCUCCUCGCGAGCCCCGCCAAACAGACGUCCCCUUCGCCUUCCACUCGGAGGACCUAGAGUACACGCCCAAGUCCGCCAGGAUUCGGCGUUACUCCAGCGCCAGGCCUCGGGGAGGGGUACGAGCGGGCCCGGGGCCGGGGCAGAGGAGUCAGGCUGUCUCGCCUGCUUCACGAAGAGGAGACGGGGGCCGGGGCGUCGGGGGCCUUUUUGGGGCAUAUCGCCAUCAUGCUAGCCAAGGCGCACUCCAGGCUGGUCUAUCUAGCGGUGCGCACUACGCGAAUCACGAGCUGGACGACGAGGCUCCGCACGCUGCAUUUCACUCGGACGAGGAGUAUGACCACGACGACCGAUACGACGAGGACGGCUUCUCCGUCAACUCAUCCUCUGAUGUCGAGGACGACGCAUCCGAGACCUCCUCCCUGUUCUCCGAAUCGAGCAUCAUCGACCUCCCUCCCCCACUGUCCCCACACCGGAUCAUCCCGCCCAGCCUGAGCGUGACUUCGGGCCUUGCGCUCGCUCUAACGGACCGAUCUGCCGGCCAGCCUAUACUGGGGUCUAGGGCGGGAGGUGGAGGUGGGGAAGCUGGAGGGGUGAGGCGAUCAGGAAGUGCCAGGUUCCUCGGGAGAAGCUGGGGGAGCGUUUUGACUGGACCUGGAUCGGUGCCUGGUCCGGGAUUGGGGGCAGGGGACGGAGGGAGGGAACAUGGUGAGAUGAUGGGGUGGGUGGGGCGGAGAGGGCGAGAGGAUGGAGCGGCAGCAGGCGGGCAGAUUGACAGCCGGGGAGGCCGAGGGGGCGUCAGUAUUGAGGCAAGUCGAGAAGGGAGUGCUGAGAGGGGAUAUGGGACAUUUACACCUUGA